GGCGAGGGCUCGGUUCGGAAGGAAGGCGAUGGAGGGGAGAGAGAGCUUCCAUCCCCUGCCUGCACUAGCCGCUGCCCUGAGUGGGAGGACGUUGUGAAACUAAGGACUGUGGUUAUCUCUCCCUCUCCCUCUAUAGUUGUCCCUUUCUCGCAACACUUGGGCUUGCCGGUAGCGCUGACGAAACGUGCGAAUGGUCGAGCCCUGCAUCGGUUAGAGAGGAAACUCCUCCCUCACUUGCAGACAAACAAGUCCUUCCAACCGCCAUGGUCUCAUGGAUCAUCUCUAGACUAGUCGUGCUAAUUUUUGGCACACUUUACCCAGCGUAUUCUUCCUACAAGGCUGUAAAGACAAAGAACGUCAAAGAAUAUGUGAAAUGGAUGAUGUACUGGAUCAUAUUUGCACUGUUCACCACAGCAGAGACUUUCACAGACCUAUUUCUCCCAUGGUUUCCAUUUUAUUAUGAACUGAAGAUUGCCUUUGUAAUUUGGCUGCUCUCCCCUUACACAAAAGGCUCCAGUGUUCUCUACCGGAAAUUUGUGCACCCAACCCUCUCUUCGAAAGAGCAGGAGAUCGAUGAAUACCUGAGCCAGGCGAAGGAUCGGAGUUACGAAGCGGUGGUGCAGUUUGGAAGGCGAGGCCUGAAUGUGGCGGCGAGCGCUGCCGUCACGGCUGCUGCCAAGGUAUCUCACCUUCUCAAUCUAAUCCUUUGUAUGGCGAUAAAAGAGGGCAAGGGACAAGGAGCUCUCUCUGAAAGGCUAAGAAGCUUCAGCAUGCAGGAUCUGACGACGAUUCGAGGAGAGAGCAGCAAUGACCCGGCAGAACAUGUAAGCACCACGCAGCCCCAAACCGAGAAUGCACCGGGGAACAUCACAGAGACUGUCGAUAACUCAGUUUUUAAAAAUGGCAUCAUAUUCAAUAUAAUAAGAGGUGGUGAAGUAAAUAUUGAUCAGGGUCCGAGUUCAGAUGAAGAGCAGAGUAAGGCUAAAGGACUAGAGCAUCCUGAUGGUGAGAUAACAGGACACAUGCUCCAGCUCUCCUCUAAACCACUUAGGAAAAAGAGGCAACAUCGCCAGGCAGAGCAAAGGCACCCUAAUCCCCCUCCCAGAAGAAAAAGUACCUCAUCCUGCAACAGCGAGUCCAUGUGAUGCCAUGGAGCCAUCGGACUGGAGUCACCUGGAUUUGACUUCCUGUUUUACCGCCCUGCCUUCACGAGCCAAGCAACAAGUGACACACGGGGAACUGCAGAGAAAAACCACUGGCCAGAGAAUGCUUCACGUUUUCUUGCAGAUGCCAUCAGCAACCAUCCAUGAGUAUAACUCGCAUUGUAACAUAUUUCUGUCUUACCUCUGUUUCCUUUCAAAAUUCACACGUAGUUCAGAGUGACGCUGAAGCGAUUGAAAUGCUUGUAGAUCUUAAGUGUCUUCAGGUUUAUGUAAGAACAUUCCAACACAUCGUGUUUUUGCUUCAAAGCAAACUAGAAAAUAAUUAAUUAUUUCUGUAAGCAGGGGUAUCGGCCCCACUCUACACCACAUAUCUGUUCCACCACACACAGAGAUAUCUGUUCUUCAAUAUAGAGGCACUUAUGCUAUUCUGUGUACAAGUAUUUCUGUCACAAUAUGUACACAAAUCUGUUAUGCUGAGCUCUGGUAUAUGUGAUGUAUACAGUACAUAGGUAUGUGUGUUGUACAUUGCACAGGUAUAUAUAAUGUUUUGCGCACAGUGUGGCUGCUGUCCUCUGCACAGAUAUAUCAAUUGCAUCGUUCAUAGGUGUGUCCAGUGCUUUUUUAUUUGUGAUGGAAUGACAUACCGGCACCUCUAAAGAGUUACAAACAAGAUUGAUGUUCUGGAAUCAAUAGUGAACUACGAACAGUUAUAUGCGUUCCAGGACAUUUUCAUCCACUAACAUAAGCGCUGGGUAUGUCUGCUAUCCUCUACAUUAUUGUGUCUGCUGUGUUUUACAUUAAACACAUUUAAUGUAUGACUUGAAACUCUAAUCAUAUUAUGCACAACAUUACAGCAAUGAUAAGACUGACCAGCCAAUCGGGGUGGAUCUCUUUGGAGGUUGCAUUGUUGAUAACGAGAGUCAAUAUUUUACUUUUGAAACAAAAGAUCAGCUUUUACAUUUCUCUCUUUCUGGAUCCAUUGGAAUAAACAAUCACUCUGCGA